ACCUGCAGACUACAGACGUUAAUUACCUUUUUCCUCCAAAGUAACAUUCUUUGGCAAAAAUAAAGGAUCCUCAUCUUUCAUUAGGGUAGGAACAUCUUACUGUGUUCAUUGGGAGUCAGUGUUUCAAAAAUACCUGCAGAUGUUAAAUGCCAUUUUCCUCUAAAGUAGCAUUCUUUGGCAAUGGAAAGGAUUCUCUUCUGUCAUUAGGGUAGGAACAUCUAACUGUGGAACCAUCUUGCUGCAGCUGACACACCAAGGCUCCCUCUCUCUACAUGGGCUGCAGCCCGACCUGUAUGGAGAAGAUCACCCUAUCCCCCUCUACCAUGUCAGCCUACUCCUCCUCGACCGAGCUCAGUCAGUUCGCCAAGGAGGUCAUACACUUCAGUUCACAGUAUGGAGGGGACGGCUCCAUGGCAUACGUCGCCGCUAACCUGGCAGGUUCGCCGGACGUCUUUCCAAACUAUGGGGACUUCACCCAGGCUUGUGUUUUUCGUACCUAUGGAACAUGGUGGGACAUGGCACCUUCUGCAGAGAAGAAGUUUGGAAAGAUAGGUGACUUCAGAGGCAACGACUUCAUAGAUCUAUUCUUUGAAGAGAAAGUUCUUCCUACAGCGAUCAAAAUUUAUGAAACCUACCACCCAGGCUCGGUCAUUCAGAUAUGCGGUGCAGAGAUAGAAGGCCCCGGGGACAGUGGAGGCCCCUUUUUACUAAAUAAUCACUCCAGGUGGCAUGUAUUAUGGGCUGGUGAAGCAGACGAUAAACAUUUCCAACCACAAAUGUUUUCUCCCCCCAUCAGAAACAUCAACGCAAAAACGAACCUGAUCAGACUUGUCUUUGACCACCGCUACAGCGACUACUACACCGAGCUAGACAGCGUGGAGCUGAUCGGCACGACGUCGCUGGAAGACGAUGGAACCGACAUCGAUGACGUCUACCUCCAACGUCUCCAGGACCUGACCCUGAAGGAGAAUAGGUCAAAGGGUUCUUCCUGCGAGUAUGCCAACCAAGUUCUGCCUGCCAUGGAUAAUGGCUGCUUUGAUAUGCUUCCGGGUGAGCUGAUCCAAUUGAUUUUCAAGUACCUUAGUCUGGAUGACUUGUGUGUAGCCGCAACGACAUGCACUCUGUUUAGGAAACAUUGUUAUGACCAGCUUCUCUAUGUGGAACUCAACUUACAGCCCUACUGGACAGUGGUAUCAGGAGACUCGCUGUAUGGUUUAACAGAGAGAUGCAGGCAGCUGCAGAUGUUGGAUAUAUCAUGGUGCGGGGACUGGGGGAAAAUUGCAUCAAAGGAUUUCAAUAGUUUUCUAUUCAUGUGUGGAAAUGAACUCAAGUCACUGAGAUUGAAGGCAUGUCGAUUUGUGACUAGUGAAACACUCGAAGCCAUAGCAACCGUUUGUACCAAACUCAAAGAGCUCAAUCUAUCAUCCUGCCGCAGUUUAACACCCAACAGCUACGGCUGUCUGCACUCACUCAAGAAUCUAGAAACACUCAACCUGUACCGUGCCAAAAUAACCGAGGCUGAAAUGAUCCAGAUCUUCAGCCAUACACCUCAGAUGAGGAAUCUAAACCUAGGAGGGAUACGGUUCGUUUCCACGCUGGAUAACGUCAUCCUACAGCUAUCACAGACCUGUCCACGGUUGGAAAACCUAGAUUUGUGGAGAGCUAAAACUUUGUCUUUCGUUGGAUUGGGAUACCUUGCAGCAGGCUGCCCCAAUCUACUAGAACUUGAUGUAGGAUGGUGCUCUGAUCUUAGUGUGAAUACCACUUGGCUAAGAAAGCUUGUCUCUGGCUGUCCCAAGCUCAAGAAGCUGUUGUUAACAUCUAUACGGAGCAUAGCAGAUGGUGACCUGUACUCAAUAGCAUCUAACUUGCCAGAUCUGGAACAAUUGGACCUGUUAGGAGCUCAACGUGUAAGCCUAAACGGUAUAACAAGGGUACUGGACAAGUGUACCAAGCUAGUCUUCCUGGAUGUUUCAUUCUGCCAGCAGCUCACGUUAGAUGUAGUCUCCAAGCUCAGAGAGCAGUAUCGUCACACUGACAUCAAGAAAAGCUUCACGACCACAUAAUCAUAUUCAUGUUGGGUCAGGUUUUAUAUAUUGUUUUACAUGGAGUUUCUAGCUCCAAAUAGGGGAUGUGUUAGAUGGAGUAUGGCUGCUUGGUACAAUGGAUUGGAUUGGUGUAUGUCAGCUGAAAUAAUAGUAUAAGUGUGUCAACAUUGAGAAAAGCUUCACUAUGUAAGGCCCCUCGCACUACCUACUCAUAUUCACGUUGGGUCAGGUUUGAUAUAUAUAUAUCGUUUGGAGGCAAGAGGGCGUAAAGUUGUCAUCAUUAUUUUACAUGUAGUUAAUGCUUUUCUGGCUCUAAACAGAUGGAGUAUGCAGGUAGCUGUAUGUGAUUUUGGAGUAUGGUAUAUCAGCUGAAAGAACAGUAUGAAUAUGUCAACAUUAAGAAAAGCUUCACUACGUAAGGCCCCUCGCACCACCUACUCAUAUUCACAUUGGGUCAGGUGUGAUAUAUUGUUUUACAUGGAGUUUCUAGCUUCAAACAGGGGAUGUGUUAGAUGGAGUAUGGCUGCUUGGUACAAUGGAUUGGAUUGGUGUAUGUAUGUCAGCUGAAAUAAUAAUAUGAGAGUGUCAACAUUAAGAAAAGCUUCACUAUGUCACUAAGGCCCCUCGCACCACCCAAUCAUAUUCAUGUUGGGUCAGGAUUGAUAUAUAUUGUUUGGAGGCAAGAGGGCGUAAAGUCAUCAUUUUAAAUGGAGUUAAUGCCCUUCUGGCUCCAAACAGGGGAUGUGUUAGAUGGAGUAUGUCGGUAGCUGUGUGUGAUGUUUGGGUAUGGCAAAAUGGAUUGGUUUAUUGUAUGUCAGCUGAAAGAACAGUAUCAGAAUGUCAACAUUAAGAAAAGCUUCACCACGUAAGGCCCCUCGCACCACAUAUUCAAUUUCAUGUCUGAUUAUAGUUCUGAAAUAUGUUCAGGGGUGUGGCAAAAUGAACGAGUAUCAAAGGUUUUAUGACACAUGCUCCAGCAGCAAUUUAUCUGCCGUCCUUUUCCGGCGUUCUCGUGAAAUCCGCCGCUACUCUUUCACUUUGUACAUAGCAGUUCAUUGCGUGUAAUGCCUAUGGGAGUCCGCUACCCCAUAGACUUUACACGCUCCAUGACCAGCAACUUAUUUUCGCGAGAAGGCCAAAUUUCUUACACUAUUAAGUGAAUUCCUAUUAACUGCCACCCUGGACCCACACAAUGUCCCAAUAAGCUAAUCAUAAUGUAAACCAAGCAGUAAACCCACUUGCUAAGCUAAAUCAAACUCUACAUCUAUGGUAAAAUAAAGCCUUGAGCAAAUGUUGCCAGAGCAAUGUCAUGUUACUCUCCUUAGCACCACCUGUGCAUUUCCAUGUAUGGUUCAAAUGAUAUGUUUUUGAAGUAUUUUAGCUUGAAUAUUUAUUAAUUAGAUGCAUGUGAUGUAGGGGUAUUGCAAUAUCAAAGGGUAUUGGAAGCCCAUAGCACCACCUGGUCAUUUCCGUGUAUGGUUUGAAUGAUUAGUUUUGAAGUAGAGUAGAUAGCGUGUGUAGCUAGAUGCAUGUUGAUAUGGGGGUAUUGCAAUAUCAAAGGAUAUUGAUGAAGACCCAAUGUACCACCUAUUCAUUUCCAUGUAUGGUACAAACAAUUAGUUUUGUAGUAGAGUAGAUAGUGUGUGUAGCUAGAUGCAUGUGAUAUGGGGGUAUUGCAAUAUCAAAUGGUACCACCUACUCGUUUCCAUGUAUGGUUCAAAUGAUUAGUUAUUAAGUAGAGUAGAUUGCGUGUGUAUGUAGAUGCAUGUGGUAUGGGGGUAUUGCAAUAUGAAAGGGUUUGGAAAAACCCUAGCUCCAUUUAUCUAAUCUCAUUCAGGUUUAGAGAAUUUAAAGGCAGCGCAUCCUCCCUACUGGCAUAAGGUAUAAUUUCCUUUGAAUAGAAUGGUUAUGGAGAAGAACGUAUUUAAGAACACCAAUCUGAGGUUUAGGAAUCUGAAACUGCCAUUGUACAUGUGUGUGACGUUAUGGCAACCGCAGGGUAUCAUUUUGAAUUAUCAGCGAGUUGUCCAGUAUUCCGUGCUCGUAAUGUUUGAGAAAGAAACGGUGGUGUUUUGCGUAAUAUUCAUUAUCUUACAAAAUAUAAUUAUAAGGGUUUGGUGCUAAUUGUGACCCAUUUAUGACAUUUUUCAACGGAUUGCAAAAUGCAUCGGACACCUUGAACCUACAUGUAUGCAAUACUUUUGAUAGUAUUAUGUGUACAGUCAAACCUGCUUUAGUUGACCACCUGUCUACAAAGACCACAUUUGUUGUUUCCCUUGA